GAGGCAGAGCCACAGUCAGUGCUUGUUGUCUGAACUGAGUACACUGCACUUGCUGGCCUUAAACAGAGAAAAAAUAGCUUAAAAUCAGCUAGACAGCGCCUAAAACCCCUUUAUCAGCUCCUUAUAGAUCAAUAAUCAGAGCUGUAAGAAGCAAAUUUGACUUUCAGAUCAUUGAAAAAAGAGAAAUCAGAUAAAUAGAGGAGGGCGUGACAAGCAGACAGCCGAGCAGGCAAGCUGCUGCUGCAAGGAGAGGAAGAGCCGGCGAUGCAUCAGCCAAAGCCAGAGGUCAAGAAAAAAAGUGAAAGGAUAGUGAAAAGGUAGACACUGAGAGAGGAGGGUCCUUUGUGAUCUGAGCCAGAAACCCAGCCUCUCUUUGUUGUUGUGUGGGCCACCGAGCAGGGAUGUGAAGGAGGACAGCAGGGAGGAAGGGAGGCAACGGCAAGAAAGACUGCAAGAAAAUGCUCUCAGAGAUGAUGUGCAGGAGGAGCUGCCAGCAGCAGCAGGAUGGCAAAGAGGCUCCGCAGAGGGACCCUUCCAGCCGCAGGAAGCACGGCUGGUCCAAGGGCUGCAGGGGGCGCAUGCAGGGGCGGAGAACUGGAGUGGGAGGGUGGCCAAGAGGGCGCAAUCACCAGCAGCCCCCUCAACGACACCAUCCUCAUCCCAGACACUUCCAGAGGCCAGCGAUGUCACUCCGGCCCGUUAACAUUAAAGGGAACAGAGCGAGGGGGAUGCGAGCCCCCAAGAACACAAACCAGUUUUUGAUGCAUGAGAAGUACCAGAUGCUACACAUGCGCUCUGACUCAGUGGGGAGUGACAGUGGGAGCAGCUCGGAUAGCGAGGUGGAGCUCACAGACAUGGACUCAUACCUGGGCGUCCUGGAAAAUGCAAGAGGAGCCCUGUUGGGCAGUCCCAACCCACACAGCUCAACAGCACCCCCUGGACAGAUCGUGGUCCUGCAUGAGGACAGUCUGCGUCUGCAGGAGGACAGCAUGCAGUAUUUCCCCUCUGAAGACGACCUGAAGCAGAGCCAGAACUUCAUGCAGAGGGACUUUGUUGAGUUCUGUGACAUCCUGACACCCUGAAAGGAAACUCUCAUGAGGCCAUUUUGUUCUCGACAGUGUGAAACUCUAACCUCGGGGACAGGUUUGUUCUGCUUCAUGUUCACUGAAAAUCAGAAAAAAAUCUCAUCAUCUUGUCAACUCAUCAAGCCUUAAAAUGUUAGGAAUAUGCUUGCAAGGGAGAUGGGAUCGGUGGUGGGAGUGAGCCUGAACAGCCAAUCGGCAUCGAGUUGGCUGGAUUAGGCUGCAGAUGAUUGGCCGAUGCAGACUGUCAUUGAAAAAAAUAUACAUUAACUGUGAAGAACAGAAGAAAAAAAAUCACAAAUAAAUAUCGGAUUGAUGCAA